AUGAGUGGAAAACGAACAAAAUUAAGUGGCGCUGAAUAUCGCAAAAGAGCUGAGGAAAAAAAGAAAAAAGAAAAAGAAACUAUUUCUCAAACUCUUAACAUUCAAACUUUCUUCAAAAAAAAACCCGAUUCUGAUGAAUUAAUUGAAAACCCAUUGAAACUCGAUUCUGAUGAAUUAGUUGAAAAUUUGAUGAAAACCGAUGACGAAACUUUGAAAUCUGACAUUAAUGUCUCAUGUGAAAUUACUAAUGUUUCAAUUUGUCCAUCACAAGAUCCAGCCUUAUGGGAUAUAAAUUCUGAUAUGGUUGAUUAUUUUAUUCGUAAUCCAGUUGAAUCAAAUCCUAAAAUAAUCAAUUUUGAUAAUACUAUUCGUAAAUGUGGUGAAUUUAAUAGGAAGUUACCAUAUGAUAUUUUCAAAAGGAAACUUUUGAAUGGUGAAAUAAAAGAUAGAGAAUGGUUGCUAUACUCAACAUCAAAAAACGCACUAUUUUGUUUUUACUGCCUUCUUUUUUCUAAUAAAAAAACACAGUUUAGUUCCACCGAUUCAGGAUUUACUGAUUGGAAAAAAUAUUUUGAAAAAGUUGAACAACACGAAAAGAAUUUGACGCAUAACGAAUCUAUUCGCAUAUGGUUCUCUAGACGUAAAAUAACUACCGGUAUUGAUGUUGAGUUAAAAAUUGAACUUGAAAAAAAAGAACUUUAUUGGAGAAAAUUAAUUGCAAAAUUCGAUCCAUUAAUGUCCAAUCACCUUGAUGAGUAUGGUAAUAAAGGCCGUGGAAAUGUCUCAUGUCUGCCCCACACUAUUUGCGAUGAGUUAAUAACACUUACGAACAAAUCUGUACUUCAUAAAAUAGUAAAUGAAAUAACGUCCGCUAAAUAUUUCUCGUUAAUCGUAGAUUCUACUCCCGACAUCACGAAAUUUGAUCAAUUAACGAUUGCUGUUAGAUACGUUAAUUUAGGUAGGACUGCAGUAGAGCGAUUUUUAUGUUUUAUUCCAUCGGUUGGACAUAAAAGUAAAGAAAUGGAAGUCGCAAUAUUAACGAAAUUAUCUGAAUUAAAUAUCGACAUACAGAACUGUCGUGGACAAUCAUACGACAAUGUAAGAAAUAUGUCAGGUAUAUUUAAUGGUCUGCAAGCUCGUAUUAAAGAGAAAUCAAAAAAUGCAAUUUUUAGUCCAUGUUCAGCACACUCAUUAAAUUUAGUUGGUUGUCAUGCUGCUGAUAUAACUAAAGAAGAUGGUCAUCCAGAUAUAGUGUUUAACAUAGAUCAUAAAACUAGUGUAAGACACGAAGCAGAAUCGUUGUACAAAAAAAUUGAAACUCUCGAGUUCUCAUUUAUGAUAGCUCUAUGGACUCCAAUAUUAGAAAGAUUCGACGCUACAAGUAAAAAUUUACAACGUAUUAAUAUUGAUUUAUCUUGUGUUGUAAAAUUGUACGAAUCUCUAGAAAUGUAUGUACAAGAUUUAAGAAAUAGAUUUGAUAAUAUUUUAGCUGAAGCAAAGCAAAUGAUUGGAUAUGAAGUCUUUUCUUACGAAGAAAAAAGAAAUAAACGAAAAAAAUGUUUUCACGAUGAUCUUAAUGUUCAAGAUACAAUAUUUCACGGACAAGAAAAAUUCAAAAAUGAAACAUUUUUACCAAUUUGUGAUACAAUCAUUGUAUGUUUAAAUGAAAGAAAGAUGGCAUAUAUUGAGAUAAAUACUAUGUUUGGUUUUUUUUUAAAUAUAGAGGGAAUUGACAAUGAUAUUUUACGUGAAAAAUCAAAACAAUUAGUAGUUAUUUAUAGUGAAGAUUUAGAACCUGACCUGGAGAAUGAGAUUAUUCAAUUUAAAACAAUACUUUUAAAACUUUUUGUAUCUAUACCAUGCUCAAACGCUAGCGGGGAGAGGUCUUUCUCAGUUUUAAAGAGAGUGAAGAACUACCAGAGAACCUCAUUAUCUAAUGAAAAGAUGUCAUCAUUGGCUCUAAUGUCUAUUGAAAAUAAUUUGCUACAAUGUAUGGAUUGGAAUAGUUUUAUUAAAGAAUUUGCUUCACAAAAAGCUAGAAAAAAGUUUUGA